AUGCGAAUACAAUCACACAGAGCACCACUGCUCCUCUCCGCACUUCUUUCCGGCUUCGCGUCCGCCGUUAGCUUCAAAUGUUCCGAUAUCAAGACAUCAGAUCACACCUUCGAUUUUAGUGGAUUGAAGGGUACACAUGAGGUGUUCCACUCAUCGACGAACGAGACGGAAGGUUUCCUAACAAAUACGACAUACGUACUGAACAUCUGUGAUGUUCUCCACGGCGCUGCGAAUCGAGAUGGAAUUACCUGUGGUACAACUAGAAAUGUCUGUGGCUUCUCGAAACGAAUCGCAAAUGAUACUCAUCACAGUAACUCGGUCUAUUACCCGAUCGCUGGUCUCGAUCACGUAGGCGAAGGUUCUAAGGACCCCGUCGCGACACCAUUGAAAGAGAUUAACGAGAACGAAGAGGGUCUGCGACUGAGGAUGGCUGGUGGUGAGUACGAAGCUGAAUCGGGGAAGAAGAGCCCUGCCGCUGCGAUCAUCGAUUUCGUGUGUGAUCCGGAUCGAUCGGGACUGGAGGGUAUUCCCUUGAUGGAGGAUGAGAAUGGUGAGAAGGAUAUGCAGAGGCGGGAUGGAGAGGAUCCUGUAAGGGAUCCGAGCUUGACAUUUAAGAGCUUUGGUCCUGAUGCGGAUGAUACUUUCAUCUUGAAAUUGGACUGGCGUACACGUGUUUUCCUUUGCGUCGCUGCCUACCUCAUCUUCGGCUCUUGGCUCAACUACAAUCGCUACGGUGCUCGUGGCUGGGACCUACUUCCACAUGGAGAUACCCUCCGUGAUGUGCCUUAUAUCUUCCAGGACUGGGUCCGCCGCGUGGUCAACACGCUACAGGGUAGCGGAUCAAGAGGCGGAUACAGUGCUGUGUGA